CAACCUUUAGGCGUACCACGGAAUGGGUGUUGCCGUCUUAAUCACGAAGAACUAGGUACAGUGUCAAAUUCACAUUAUCAGAUUUCCAUGAUUUUAUCAUUAACCUGGUACCAAAUUAAAGGAUUAAGUUAAAAGGUCUCCGCAAGCAAAUUACAAAAUCAUCAGUAUAUGUUCGAUACAUUGGCAAAAAGCACAGCUUAAAUACAUCUGGCUAUCUUUUGCAAUCACACAAUGAAGCUGUCUUCUGCUAUCAUCUUGCUUGUAACCAUCGGCACGGUUAGCUGUGAUGAGCCCAUACCCGUCAGGUCAGUGGGCUGCACCGGCAACGAAUUGAAUCAGACCGACAUCGCUGCCGCGAAGGAAAAAUUGGUGGGAUGGGGACACGCAGGCAACAAGCUGAUCAAGGACAAGUGCGGCGAAGGCCGCUCCGGGUGGGUGUGGAGUAAGCAAUGGGAAAAGGGAUUCAACCUACAAUCACUCACGGUCGCGGCUCCAAGAAGACCAGCGGCACUAUGUCCGUUAUUUUGUAUCUACCCUGCGAUACAUUGGGCUUAGAUUUUACAAAACCGAACGAUCGUCACAAGGGAUAAGUACGCUUUACUAAUCGCAUCCUUAUGAUUAGGCAUACUUGACUAUGCGCUGAACAACGACAUCAAUCCAUAUGUUAAGAUGUAUCGCUUCUCUAAAUGAAUGAAAGAAUUAAUGUCGUAACAGAAUAAAGCUAUUUCUUACGGGAAAUCCCUGCC